AUGUUAAAACCCGCCCAGUUUCUAGAUACCAGACGGCGCGAUAGUUUGGAAGCCAUGGCUGAGUCGUCCCCGUCAUCUCGCCAGCCUCUGUCGCCCUGGACCACCACCACCUCCUCCUCCACGCCUGUUUCACCCGCUGUGUCUCUUUUCUCUGCCAAGGGCCACACGCGUUUUUCCAGCUCGGUUUCGUCCCUGGUUUCAUCCCCAGGGCACGGAAACUCGAUGGAGAGCCCGUCGCGGAAUCCCUUGACAGGAGUGAAGGAAGAACCCUGUGGGUCUCAGCCCAGGGACCUCGAGGAGGAUUAUUUCCAACACUUUGACCAAGGUCUCUCGGUCGCCGAGGAUUCAUACUACGCUUCGUUCGAUGCUUCUGACAGCUACGAUCUAACGGAUGCCGGCAUGGAUUCUGCACAUUCCCCCAGGAAUCGACGCUCUGAUAGUAUCUCCGCCCGGGGUCUUUCGCGCAUCGGCUCCCGAAUCUCCACCAUCUCCACUCGCUGGAAGUCCAAACGUGCCUCCGAUGGGCCGGACGGUGCAGAUGUAUUCGCAACACAGCUGCGUUCCCGCACUAAUUCAGCAUCAUCCGCCAUAGCCAGUCCCACUACCGGUUCUUUCACUCGUGUCAAUUCAAUCCAGGUUCCUCCAUCCCCCGCCAGGACUAUCUUUGAGGAGGCCAUCAGCGAAGCCGGGACGCAACCUAUCGAUAUCAGCAAAGCCAACCGGUACAGCCAGGAAGAGGAUUCGGCCCCUCAAGCAACGACUCCCCUACUGCCACCGUUUAUGGGCGAUGAAUCAUCCUAUCAGACCGCGUCUCGCGUCCAUUCUCCGUUACAAUCUCCUUCAGUAGCCGACAAUAUGGUAGAUGACGGCCCAGUUGUCUGCAGCGCUGUCGCCGAUUUGCGAUUGGCAGGCUUGCCUUCGCCACCCCUCUCGUCCAAGCCAUCUGUCGCAUCGUUUAAUCGUCCACGAGCCAGUACGGUGCGGACGGUCUCGGGAGAUGCGCCUCCAUUCACGCUCUCCGACCCAAAUGACGAGUGGGCAAAUAGACUCGGUCAUGCCAACUUUACCAUCCAGCCGGAGCCUUAUGCACCUGAGACCUGUGACCUGGGAGCUUUUGGGCAGCUGCGCGCAGAUUGGGACCUGGCUCAGUGCAACUUCAUGCGCCAUCUCGUGCGGACUGGCGAACAUUAUGGUGUUACUUCCACGAUCUACAAGCUCACCGAAGAGAAGUGGGAGUCCAUCAAUCGCGAAUGGCGCCGCCAUCAUGAGGCGAUGCUAUCUGAGCUAGAAGUGACAGAGGGACCCCGUCUUAGUUUGAUGAAGUCUCACUGUGACCCUUGCGACCCGGUCAAAAUUCCUCGCCUUCACGACAACAAGUUCCCCGAGCUAGGCGAUGGCGAGAUCGUGGGUCCUAUGAAAAUCGCUCCAGCAGCGAAUGGAUCCGGACUAUGUCGCACCCGUUCGUUGAAACGCAACUUUGUCAAGUUCUUCCAGGACCUCGUCAUACGUUCCUGA